UCGAUUUGAGCGUAACCCAGCUUUGUCUGACAAUAAAAUUAAGAACAAAGCCAAAACGGAAGUGAACCAAAAAAAAAUGAAAUUCAAUCUGGGACUGACUUACGCGAAAUAUUUGGUCUUUCUAUUGAAUGUCGUCUUUGUUAUCACAAGUGUUCUAAUCGUAUUGACUGCAAUACCAACAAUUGUCUACUCACCCAUUUACCGCUACAUGAUCAUAUAUGGAAUGCAAGAGUUUGCUAUAUUUUGGUUAGUUGUUGGACUUAUUUCAAUGACUGUCGCGCUCUUCGGCAUUUUUGCUGCAAUCAGAGAGAGUACAGCCCUAGCGAAUUUGUACGGAGUCGCAAUGUCGAUGGUAUAUAUACUGCAAGUGGCAGUAAUGACUGUCAGUUUCACUAUAAUGUCCAAGGCAAGAGUAAUGGUGUUUGAUCAGCUCAAUGAUGUGAUGAGCCAGUAUGUAAACUAUCGAUCAGGAGUUGAUUGGAUUCAAUCAGAGUUUCAAUGCUGUGGCAAUAGUGGUUCGCAUGACUGGGAAUUUAUCGAUGGCUUUGGAACAGCCGAAGGGAAUGAGACUAGCCUAAUGCCAGCUUCCUGUUGCGUUCAGUUUACCAAUUAUGUUAACCUGACUUGUGACAAAUAUCACACGUCCGGCUGUUUCGAAGCAAUUUAUCAAAUUGUUACGCAGAGUAUGAUGUUGAUCGGUACCUUGGCACUACUCCUUUCGAUUCUGCAGAUUUUGGCCAUCAGCUUAAGUUUCAUCUAUGCACAAAUCAUACGGUACAAGAAAACUGAACGUGAUAUGCAAUUUUGGAAUGGCGGGCAUGAAAAUAUAACUUCACCUGCCCAAUGAAGUGGGUUUUAAAGUAAAUUUUUCACUGAAAACACCGAGCAAUUCUGUAAAAUGAGAAAUAUUGUCAAUAAAUUGCCAUUUGA